UGGCGGAGUGGAGUGCGGGAGAGGGAGAGCAGCCACUAGCAACCCGGACCAGCCGCCGUGCCACCCAUCCCGCACCGGCCAUGCAGCCGCCCCGGGCCCGCGGGCUCGCCCUACUCUGCUGCUUGGGGCUCCUGGGUGGCCUGGGGCUAGUGGCGGGCACACACCACCACCACUCCUGGAGGGGCUGCUAUCCCUGCCGCCUGGGCCUGGCUGGCCACCCCGUGAGCGCCCGGAGGCCAGAUGUGGACGAGUGCCAGGUGCAUAAUGGUGGCUGCCAGCACCAAUGUGUGAACACACCCGGCUCCUACCACUGUGAGUGCCAGCCUGGCUCCCGGCUCCACGCAGACGGCAGGACCUGCCUGGCCAUGAACUCUUGCACCGUGGGCAACGGUGGCUGCCAGCAUGAGUGUGUACAGCUCACAACCACCCAGCACCGCUGCCAGUGCCGGCCUGACUUCCAGCUGCAGGAAGAUGGCAAGCGCUGUGCCCGGAGAAGCCCGUGUGCUGAUCGGAAUGGUGGCUGCAUGCACACCUGCCAGGUAUCCCAGGGCCUCGCCCACUGCCAAUGCCACGCUGGCUACUGGCUGGCCGCCGACCGCAAGGCCUGUGAAGAUGUGGAUGAAUGUGCCACGGGCCUGGCCCGGUGUGCCCAUGGCUGCCUCAACACUCGGGGGUCCUUUAAGUGCAUGUGCCAUGCAGGCUAUGAGCUGGGUGCUGAUGGCCGGCAGUGUUACCGGAUCGAGAUGGAGAUCGUGAACAGCUGUGAGGUAGACAAUGGUGGCUGUUCCCAUGUCUGCAGCCACAGUAGCACGGGGCCCCAGUGUACCUGCCCCUCUGGCUACCAGCUGGAUGAGGACCGGAAGACCUGCAUUGAUGUGGAUGACUGUGCCAGGGCCCCAUGUUGCCAGCAGCUGUGCAGCAACAGCCCCGGAGGGUACGAAUGCAGCUGCAAUGCUGGCUACAAGCUCAGCCCCGACGGAUGUAGCUGUGAUGAUGUGGAUGAGUGUGCCUCAGGCCAUGGAGGAUGUGAGCAUCGUUGCGUGAACCUGGCUGGCUCCUUCCGGUGCUCCUGCAAGGCAGGCUACCAGCUGGAUGAAGACCAUAGGGGGUGCUCCUCUCUGGAACUGCUAGAGGUGGACCUGGAUGGCCAGCUGCCCUCGGUGCGGCCUCUUCCGCACGUGGCUGUGCUGCAGGAUGAGCUUCUCAGGCUCUUCCAGGAUGAUUAUGUGGCAUCUGAGGAGGAGGCAGAGGCCCGGGGCCAACACAUGCUGAAAGAGAAGUUCGUCUGUCUGGAUGCUUCCUUUGGUCCUGACUGUAGCCUGACCUGUGAUGACUGUGAGAAUGGAGGGACCUGCCUCCUCAGUCUGGAUGGCUGUGACUGCCCUGAUGGCUGGACGGGCCUUAUCUGCAAUGAGACUUGUCCUCCAGAUACCUAUGGAAAGAACUGCAGCCUUUCCUGCAAAUGCCAGAACGGGGGUACCUGUGACCCCUUGACAGGGGCUUGCCGCUGUCCCCUGGGAGUCGGUGGGGCCAGCUGUGAGGACGGCUGCCCCAAGGGCUUCUAUGGCAAACACUGCCACAGGAAGUGCCGCUGUGCCCACCAUGGUCGCUGCCACCGCCUCUACGGGGCCUGCCUCUGUGACCCUGGUCUCUAUGGCCGUUUCUGCCACCUGGCCUGCCCACCGUGGGCCUUUGGACCUGGCUGCUCAGAGGAGUGCCAGUGUGAACAGCGCUACACAAGGGCAUGUGACCCCAGGGACGGCCGCUGCUCCUGCAAGGCAGGCUACCAGGGGCAGCAGUGCCAGGAUGAGUGCCAGCUGGGUUUCUUUGGGCCUGGGUGCCAACACACAUGCAAGUGCCCUCUGGGCGUGGCCUGUGACCCCAUCAGUGGAGCAUGUGGGAAGCAGUGUCCUGCUGGGCUACUGGGGAAGGACUGUGAGCUAGAGUGCCCUGGGGGAACAUUUGGUGUGAACUGCUCAGGCUCCUGUUCCUGUGGUGGGGCCCCCUGUGACCCAGUCACUGGCCAGUGCCUGUGUCCACCAGGCAGGACUGGAAAGGACUGUGGGGCAGACUGUCCCCAGGGCCACUGGGGGCUUGGCUGCCAGGAGCUCUGUCUAGCGUGUGAGCAUGGAGCCACCUGUGAGCCCAAGACAGGAGCCUGCCUGUGCCCACCUGGAUAUGUGGGCACCCGCUGCCAGGAAGCAUGCCCAACAGGCUGGUUUGGGCCUGGCUGCCAGACCAGGUGCUCAUGCACCAAUGACGGGCAUUGCCACCCAGUGACUGGACACUGCAGCUGUGCCCCUGGGUGGACUGGCCUUAGCUGCCAGAGAGCAUGUGACAGUGGGCACUGGGGACCAGACUGCAGCCACCACUGCAACUGCAGUGCCGGCCAGGGGAGCUGUGAGCCCAUCAGUGGACAAUGCUUGUGUGAGGCCGGCUACGAGGGCCUGCAGUGUGAGCGCCGGUGUCCCCAGGGCCGCUUCGGACCUGGUUGUGCACAGCAGUGCCAGUGUGAGAAUGGGGCUGCCUGUGACCAUGUGAGUGGGGUAUGCACCUGUCUGGCCGGCUGGCGGGGAACCUUCUGUGAGCAAGCCUGCCCAGCUGGCUUCUUUGGACUGGACUGCCGUGGAGCCUGUGCCUGCCCCCCUGGGACUUUUUGCCACCCCAAGAAUGGCACCUGCUUCUGUCCCCCUGGUCGCCAGGGCCCCCACUGUGCCCAAGCCUGUCCAAGGGGGUGGUUUGGAGAGGCCUGUGCCCAGCGCUGUGAGUGCCCACCUGCUGCUGCCUGCCACCACAUCACUGGGGAGUGCCACUGUCCCCCAGGCAUCACUGGAGCCAGCUGUGAGCAUGCCUGCCCACCAGGCACCUUUGGAAAGAACUGCAGCCAGCAGUGCCAGUGCUCUGGUCAUAACCAGGCCUGCCACCCCACCUCGGGAGCCUGCACCUGUGCCCCCGGCUUCCAUGGCCCCAACUGCCAGCAGCGGUGCCCACCAGGGCUAUUUGGUCUGGGCUGUGAGCAGCAGUGUGAGUGUCUCAAUGGAGGCUCUUGUGAUGCUGCCAUGGGUACCUGCCACUGCCUGCAGGGCUUCCUGGGGGCCAACUGCAGCCUUGCCUGUCCACAUGGCCGCUUCGGUCCCAACUGUGUCCACGUGUGCAGGUGUGGGCAGGGGACUCCCUGUGACCCUGUGACGGGGUCCUGCAUCUGCCCCCCUGGGAGGACUGGCACCCACUGUGAGCAUGGAUGCCCCCGAGACCGAUACGGCGUGAACUGUGAGGGUGUCUGCACCUGCAAGAAUGGGGGCCUGUGCCACACUGCUGAUGGCAGCUGCUCUUGCAGACUGGGUUGGACGGGGCCCCACUGUGAGCAACCCUGCCGUCCUGGGUACUUUGGGGCUGCCUGCCGCCUGCUCUGCUCCUGUCACAACAAUGGUAGCUGUGACCCUGUCUCGGGUGCCUGCCGCUGUGCCCCUGGCUUCUACGGCCAGGCCUGCGAGCACUCCUGUCCCCAUGGCUUCCAUGGGACUGGCUGCCAGGAGGCCUGCAGGUGUCAGCAUGGGGCCCUCUGCCACCCCAUCAGCGGCCAGUGCCUCUGCCCCGCUGGCCUGCUUGGCCAGUUCUGUGAGAGGGAGUGUGAGCCUGGCUCAUUUGGAGAAGGCUGCCUUCAGCAGUGUGACUGCCAGGGGAACAUGCCCUGUGACCCUGUCUCCGGCCACUGCUUCUGCCUGCCAGGGCGUUCAGGGGCCACCUGUGACCUUGGCUGCAGAGAGGGCUUCUUCGGGCCAGGCUGUGCCCUGCCCUGUGGCUGUGGGGGUGGAGCAGGCUGUGACCCUGUGAGUGGACGGUGCCACUGCUUGGACAACCACGUGGGGCCCACAUGCCAGCAAGGGCCUUCAGCUCCAGCCUCCCUCGACACGGCAGAGAAGCACUAGCUCAGAGGCAUCCCUACCCAGGCCACCACCCAAAUGCCUCCUGGACACUGAGGCUGUGGGGAUGCCCACGGAGGGAACUCAGUGAAUCAUGGGCAGCAGUGGCCUCCCAUUCUCUGAGAAUCAUCAGGUCUAAAGAGGUGGUCCUGUGGCCUGAUAACAACUCCCUCCUCUCAUGACACUCUGGCCACUGUGUUGGGAUGCCCCACCUCCUGCCUUCCUGGAGUGACCAAGAGCAGGGGUGGGUGAGGGAUUCUGCUCCAGCAGACUCUUCUGGUGCCAGACCACUAAUGGCAGCAACUCACCUGGAUUUAGCCCUGUGUGUCUGUGAUGCUGUGUGUGCAUAGCCACACAGGCUUUCACAUCCUUGGGUACCCAAAGGGUGAUUCCUGCCCUGGGCAGCCCUGACUCAGGACUUGUGGGGUGCCAGGGCCCCUGCUAUAGGUGGCCAUGCGGAGUGAAACAGGAAUGAAGAACAAAGCAUGGCUUCCCACA